AUGGCCCUGGGACCAGUUCUCCCAGGGUCAGACAUCAAGAAUGUGCUCUACGUCACAGCUGGACACAACGGUCCCAACUGGAGCCUCUGGCAGAAAGCACCAGGGGAGACUCAAGGUCAACCCUUGGGAUUCUGGAGCCAGAGCUACAGAGGUUCCAAGGCCAACUAUACAACAACUGAGAAGAAGAUACUUGCAGCAUAUGAACAGAAGAGCUUCGUGUGCACCUUGGGCCUCACCUCUCACCUCCGGGUCCACUCAGGUGAACAUCCAUACAAGUGUCCUGACUGUGGGAAGUGCUUUGGCAAGAGCUCUUCCUUCAUCCACCAUUAUCGCAUCCACACGGGUGAGAAACCCUACACAUGUCCCCAGUGCCAGAAGAGCUUCAGAAACUGCUCCUCCUUGUUGAAUCAUAAGCGACGUCAUAUGUUUGAAUUACCCUUCCACUGCUCCCAGAGCAAGAAGAGGUUUUACCAGAAGGCAGAUCUCAUUCAUCGUGGCAUGAUUCACCUCAGAUGGUCCUUGUCUGCUCCCGCAGUGAGCGCCUGGGAGCGGAGUUCCUCCGAGAAAUCCCGGGGCGCGCCUAGGACGUCCGCUCCUCAGUCGAUCCUGCAGCCGAGCAGAGAGGGUCCCAUCUGGGGUGCCAAAACUGACGUGCGGAAUAAACGGCCUUACAACCAGGGCCACCUCUGGGUCCCUGCCAACACCCACUUCAAACCAAACCAGAAUAUCAUAGACAUCUACAAGUCCUACAAGUGCCUUCAGUGUGGGAAGAGCUUCUGUAAGAGUGACUCUUGGAUGUGUCACCAACAUGUCCACUCUGGGAAAACCUACGUGUGUCCCAAAUGUAGGAAGAGCUUCGUGUGCACCUUGGGCCUCACCUCUCACCUCCGGGUCCACUCAGGUGAACAUCCAUACAAGUGUCCUGACUGUGGGAAGUGCUUUGGCAAGAGCUCUUCCUUCAUCCACCAUUAUCGCAUCCACACGGGUGAGAAACCCUACACAUGUCCCCAGUGCCAGAAGAGCUUCAGAAACUGCUCCUCCUUGUUGAAUCAUAAGCGACGUCAUAUGUUUGAAUUACCCUUCCACUGCUCCCAGAGCAAGAAGAGGUUUUACCAGAAGGCAGAUCUCAUUCAUCGUGGCAUGAUUCACCUCAGGUAUCACCAAGAAUGA